AUGGGCGAUCCAUCAAAGGAAACUUUGCAAAAGGUUAUUCACGACCUUAGGUAGGCGACGGGCCUACGCCGACCAUCUGACCACGACUUACCCAUCUGGUCAAACCACUUUCAUCGCUAGUCACCUCAUCAGUCUUGUCUCUUCUGACUCCUCUCCUUGAACGAUCGUUCUCGUCACCACAGACCUUCCAAGAUGCCCUUCGUCAAACAGUUGUCGUCGUUGAAAACCUUACAAAGCUGGUUCACGAUCCUGUAGGAGCUAGGGAGUUUCUCCCCCGCCUUCAGCCUGGUGUGAAGAAAAUAGCGGAUACCGCUACACUUCCGGCUGUCCGAUUCGUUAGCCAAAAUGCAAACGCUAAAAUGGUCAGGGCCAUGAAAGUCGGCAAUGGUACACACAUUCCGGAGCGGAUGUCCGUUGACGAAGUUAAAGGGAAUUAG